UACCUACGAGCACAGAAGACGAGGCACGCCCCUUCCACAUCGCUCGCGCCAAUCAGCUUAGGGGAGACGUCUCUCUGUUUGCCCCCCCACACCUUUUCCCACCCGCGUGCCAGUGUUUGGGGGCAGGAGCGAGGCGCGCGGGCGCGGGAGAGAGAGAGCGAACGCAUACAGUGUGUUGCUCAAGGGAGGGGCCACAUGACAGGAGUAAAGGCAGCAGCAGCGAGCCGAGCGGAGACGGCGCCAAGACCAGCUGCGACACUGGAGUGAUCGCCCGGCCGGUGCCUGUGCGUGUGGGGGUGGGGAGGAAUGGGACGCCGGAGCCACCGCUAGGCAGCGCCCUGAAAGGCGGCCGGGCCAGGCUCAGUGUAGUCUGCCGGGAGGGCCGCCAGGAGGGGCGGUUUCGGUUUGGCGACGAGGGAUCAGACUGAGGGCGAUGGCAGCGAUGCCUUUCCAGUCCGCGCUGCUCCCACCGGAGACUCGGAAGUUCACGCGGGCGCUGAGCAAGCCCGGCACGGCCGCCGAGUUGCGACAAAGCGUCUCUGAGGUGGUGCGGGGCUCAGUUCUUGUGGCAAAACCAAAGCUCAUUGAACCAAUAGACUAUGAAAAUGUCAUUGUUCAAAAGAAAACUCAAAUACUCAAUGAUGCCUUGCGUGAGAUGCUACUUUUCCCAUAUGAUGAUUUCCAGACUGCAAUAUUGAAGCGACAGUGUCGAUAUGUGUGCUCUACAAUUCCUGAUAAUGCAGAAAAAGAAGCCCAGAGCUUAUUUGUAACAGAGUGCAUUAAAACCUAUAACUCUGACUGGCAUGUUGUCAAUUACAAAUAUGAAGAUUACUCAGGAGAGUUUCGACAGCUUCCAAACAAAGGGACCAAAUUAGAGAAACUUCCUGUUCAUGUUUAUGAAGUUGAUGAAGAAGCAGAUAAGGAUGAGGAUGCAGCCUCUCUGGGAUCACAGAAGGGAGGAAUUACAAAACAAGGAUGGCUAUACAAAGGGAACAUGAACAGUGCUAUCAGUGUUACUAUGAGGUCAUUCAAAAGAAGAUUUUUUCACCUACUCCAACUUGGUGAUGGAUCGUAUAACCUCAAUUUCUACAAAGAUGAAAAAAUAUCUAAAGAACCAAAAGGAUCAAUAUUUUUGGAUUCCUGCAUGGGGGUGGUCCAGAACAACAAAGUCCGCCGUUUUGCCUUUGAGCUUAAGAUGCAAGACAAAAGUAGCUAUCUUCUUGCAGCAGACAGUGAAGUAGAAAUGGAAGAAUGGAUUACAACUCUAAACAAAAUUCUCCAAUUAAAUUUUGAAGCUGCAAUGCAAGAAAAAAGAAAUGGAGAAUCUCAUGAGGAUGAUGAACAAAGUAAGAUGGACAGCUCCUCAUCUGGUUUAGAUAGCUAUCUUUCUGAAACUGCCAAGAGUUCCAGAGAUUCUGAGAUCAAAUUCAAAAGUGAAAGCAGGGUUAAACUCUUUGCAUUGGAUCCAGAUGCACAGAAACUUGACUUCUCUGGUAUCGAGCCAGAAAUAAAGCCAUUUGAAGAGAAGUUUGGGAAGAAAAUUCUGGUGAAGUGCAAUGAUUUAUCAUUUAAUCUACAGAGCUGUGUUGCAGAAAAUGAGGAGGGUCCAACAACAAAUGUAGAGCCGUUUUUCAUCUCAUUAUCACUGUUUGACAUAAGAGAUAACCGGAAGAUUUCAUCAGACUUCCAUGUGGAUUUGAAUCAGAUGACAGUGAGGCACAUGUUAGGUAAUACAUCAAAACAAGUGUCGAAUGACAGCAAUGAUUCCUUACAUCGGAUUCAAGAUAUUAUUCCAGAUAUUAUGUUACAAUAUCCCAAACAGGGAAUAUUCUCAGUGACUUGUCCACAUCCUGAUAUAUUUCUAGUGGCCAGAAUAGAAAAAGUCCUACAAGGGAGCAUUACCCACUGUGCUGAACCAUAUAUGAAAAGUUCUGAUUCUUCUAAGGUUGCUCAGAAAGUUCUGAAAAAUGCAAAGCAGUCAUGUCAGCGGCUUGGACAAUACAGAAUGCCAUUUGCAUGGGCAGCUAGGACACUGUUCAAGGAUGCAUCUGGGACACUGGACAAAAAUGCACGAUUUUCAGCACUCUACAAACAAGACAGUAACAAGCUGUCAAAUGAAGACAUGCUUAAAUUGUUAGCUGACUUCAGAAAACCUGAAAAGAUGGCCAAGCUACCAGUUAUUUUAGGAAAUCUAGACAUAACAAUUGAUAAUGUUUCUCAAGACAUCCCAAAUUUUGUUAACUCAUCAUACAUUCCCAUGAAACAGUUUGAAAACAGUACCAAGACAAUGGUAACUUUUGAAGUAGAGGAGUUUGUUCCCUGUAUACCAAAACACAUUCAGCCUUUCACCAUCUACAACAAUCACCUUUAUGUUUAUCCAAAGCACUUGAAAUAUGACAGUCAAAAGUCAUUUGCAAAGGCAAGAAAUAUUGCAGUGUGCAUAGAAUUCAGGGAUUCAGAUGAUGAAGAUUCCUUACCUCUAAAGUGCAUCUAUGGCCGACCAGGUGGAUCAAUAUUUACAAGACAAGCAUAUGCUACAGUUCUGCAUCACCACCAAAACCCAGAAUUUUAUGAUGAGAUAAAAAUAGAAUUGCCCACACAGCUACAUGAAAAACACCACUUGUUGUUUACCUUCUACCACGUCAGCUGUGAUAAUUCCACUAAAGGGACUACCAAAAAGAAGGACAUCAUUGAAACACAAGUUGGAUAUUCUUGGCUUCAGCUGUUAAAAGAUGGCAGAGUAGUGACAAAUGAACAACAUAUCCCAGUAUCCGCAUACCUUCCAUCUGGAUAUCUCAACAGUCAAGAACCUGGCAUGAGCAAACAUUCUGGUCCUGAAAUUAAAUGGGUAGAUGGAGGCAAACCACUGCUAAAGAUUUCAACCCAUCUAGUUUCCACUGUAUACACACAGGACCAGCACUUAAACAAUUUCUUCCAUUAUUGUCAAAAAACUGAGUCUGGAGCUGAAGCCUUAGGAGCUGAUCUUGUUAAGUAUCUUAAGAGUCUUCAUGCUAUGGAGGGCCAUGUGAUGAUAGCUUUCCUGCCUACUAUUUUAAACCAAUUGUUUAGAGUCCUUACUAGAGCAACUCAGGAAGAAGUUGCAGUGAAUGUGACAAGGGUUAUUAUCCAUGUAGUUGCACAGUGUCAUGAAGAGGAGCUGGAUAGCUACUUGAGGUCCUAUGUUAAGUAUGCUUACAAAGCAGAGCCUUUCAUUGCUUCUGAAUAUAAGACCGUACAUGAAGAACUUGCCAAAUCCAUGACAACAAUCUUGAAGCCGUCUGCUGACUUCCUCACAAGCAACAAGCUGCUAAAGUAUUCCUGGUUUUUCUUUGAAAUUCUAAUCAAGUCAAUGGCCCAACACUUGGUAGAAAAUGCUAAAGUCAAGUUGUUACGAAAUCAGAGAUUUCCAGCAUCUUAUCAUCAUGCUGUAGAAACUGUUGUCAACAUGCUGAUGCCACACAUUACUCAGAAAUAUAAAGAUAAUCCAGAAGCGUCAAAAAAUGCAAACCAUAGCCUUGCUGUCUUCAUAAAAAGAUGUUUCACCUUUAUGGACAGAGGAUUUGUGUUCAAGCAAAUUAAUAACUAUAUCAGCUUCUUUGCUCCAGCAGAUCCAAAGACCCUGUUUGAAUUCAAAUUUGAAUUUCUCCGGGUAAUAUGUAAUCAUGAACACUACAUUCCUUUGAAUCUACCUAUGCCAUUUGGAAAAGGCAGGAUUCAGAGAUAUCAAGACCUUCAGCUUGACUAUUCAUUAUCUGAUGAGUUCUGCAAGAAUCACUUCUUGGUAGGGCUGCUACUCAGGGAAGUGGGAAAUGCACUGCAAGAGUUCAGAGACAUCCGUCAAAUUGCAAUCAGUGUUUUGAAGAAUUUGAUGAUAAAGCAUUCUUUUGAUGACAGAUAUCCUAGCAGGAGCCAUCAAGCGAGAAUUGCUACAUUAUAUUUGCCAGCAUUUGGGCUGCUGGUAGAAAACGUCCAUCGAAUUGAUGUCAAGGAUAUUUCCCCUUUUCCUAUUAAUGCUUCUAGCAGUAGUACAAAAGAUGAUUCGCUUAGCUUACCCGCUACAAACCCACUGGUGACUCCUCAAAAAUCUGUGAAUACACUUGAUAACAACCUUCACAAGGAUGUGUUUGGUGCAAUAUCAGGCAUUGCAUCCCCAUAUACCUCUUCCACACCAAAUGUUAAUUGUGUGAGAAAUGCAGACUCAAGAGGCUCUCUUAUAAGUACAGAUUCAGGAAACAGUCUUCCCGAAAGACAUAGUGAAAAGAGCAAUUCCCUUGAAAAGAACCAACAUACUUGCCCUUUGGGAAGUUCUAUAGUUCGAUGUGACAAACUUGAUCAAACUGAGAUCAGGAGUCUACUGAUGUGUUUCCUUCAUAUUUUAAAAAGCAUGUCAGAUGAUGCUCUUUUCACAUACUGGAACAAGGCCUCAACAUCAGAACUUAUGGAUUUUUUCACAAUUGCAGAAGUGUGCUUGCAUCAAUUUCAAUACAUGGGAAAACGAUACAUAGCCAGGAACCAGGAGGGGUUGGGACCCAUAGUUCAUGAUCGAAAAUCUCAGACAUUGCCUGUUUCCCGUAACAGAACAGGGAUGAUGCAUGCCAGAUUACAGCAGCUGAGCAGCCUGGAUAACUGUCUCACAUUUAGCCACAGUUAUGGUCAUUCAGAAGCAGAUGUCCUUCACCAAUCUUUACUUGAAGCCAACAUUGCCACAGAAGUUUCCCUUACAAUUCUGGAUACUUUAUCUUUAUUCACAGUGGCAUUUAAGAAUCAACUACUGACAGAUCAUGGGCAUAAUCCUCUGAUGAAAAAGGUGUUUGAUGUAUAUCUUUGCUUUCUGCAAAAAAAUCAGUCGGAAACAGCAUUAAAAAAUGUCUUCAAUGCUUUAAGAUCACUAAUUUUUAAGUUUCCUUCUACAUUUUACGAAGGAAGGGCUGACAUGUGUUCUUCACUGUGCUAUGAAAUUUUGAAGUGCUGCAACUCUAAACUGAGUUCAAUACGGACAGAAGCAUCACACCUCCUUUAUUUCUUGAUGAGGAAUAAUUUUGAUUACACAGGAAAGAGAUCGUUUGUAAGGACACACCUACAAGUUAUCAUUUCUGUGAGUCAGUUGAUUGCAGACGUUGUUGGAAUUGGAGGAACCAGAUUUCAGCAGUCUCUUUCCAUCAUCAAUAACUAUGCUAACAGUGAUAGACUUACUAAGCACACUACAUUCCCUUCUGAUGUAAAGGAUUUGACAAAACGCAUCCGUACAGUCCUGAUGGCUACAGCACAAAUGAAGGAGCAUGAGAAUGAUCCAGAAAUGCUUGUGGAUCUUCAAUACAGUUUGGCAAAGUCUUAUGCCAGUACACCUGAACUGAGGAAGACAUGGUUGGAUAGCAUGGCAAGAAUUCAUGUUAAAAAUGGAGAUCUUUCAGAGGCAGCAAUGUGUUAUGUCCAUGUAACAGCUCUAGUAGCAGAGUAUCUUCUACGAAAAGGAAUGUUUAAACAAGGCUGUAUAAGCUUCAGAGUAAUUACUCCAAAUAUUGAUGAAGAGGCGUCAAUGAUGGAAGACGUGGGGAUGCAAGACGUUCACUUUAAUGAAGAUGUACUGAUGGAGUUGUUAGAACAGUGUGCAGAUGGGCUGUGGAAGGCUGAACGUUAUGAACUGAUUGCUGACAUCUAUAAACUUAUAAUUCCUAUUUAUGAAAAGAGGAGAGAUUUUGAGAGGCUAGCUCAUCUGUAUGACACGUUGCACCGGGCAUACAGCAAAGUUACAGAAGUUAUGCAUACAGGGAAGAGAUUGCUGGGAACCUAUUUCAGAGUUGCAUUUUUUGGACAGGGAUUUUUUGAAGAUGAAGAUGGAAAGGAAUAUAUUUACAAAGAGCCUAAACUCACACCUCUUUCAGAGAUUUCCCAGAGGCUACAAAAACUCUACUCAGAUAAAUUUGGAUCUGAAAAUGUCAGGAUGAUCCAGGAUUCUGGCAAAGUAAAUCCUAAGGAUUUGGAUUCAAAAUAUGCCUAUAUUCAAGUUACACAUGUAGUUCCAUACUUCGAGGAAAAGGAACUGCAAGAGAGAAAAACAGAAUUUGAAAGAAAUCACAACAUCCGCCGCUUUAUGUUUGAGAUGCCUUUUACCCAGUUGGGUAAAAGAAGAGGAGGAGUGGAGGAACAAUGUAAACGGCGCACCAUCCUUACAGCUAUACAUUGUUUUCCUUAUGUAAAAAAACGGAUUCCCAUAAUGUAUCAACACCAUACAGAUUUAAACCCAAUUGAAGUAGCCAUUGAUGAAAUGAGUAAGAAAGUUGCAGAGCUCCGGCAACUUUGUUCAUCAGCUGAAGUAGAUAUGAUCAAACUUCAGUUAAAACUGCAGGGUAGUGUUAGUGUGCAGGUUAAUGCUGGGCCAUUGGCGUAUGCCAGAGCUUUUCUGGAUGAUACAAACACCAAAAGAUAUCCAGACAAUAAAGUUAAGUUACUGAAGGAAGUUUUCAGACAAUUUGUUGAAGCUUGUGGGCAGGCCCUAGAAGUAAAUGAACGACUUAUAAAAGAAGAUCAGAUAGAAUAUCAAGAAGAAAUGAAGGCUAACUACAGAGAAAUGGCAAAAGAACUCUCUGAAAUCAUGCAUGAACAAAUUGCUGCUGUGGAAGAAAAGGCCAAUGUAAUGCCUAACUCAUUACACAUUUUCAAUGCCAUUAGUGGGACACCGACAAGCACAACAGUUCAUGGGAUGCCCAGCUCUUCUUCAGUUGCAUAAGUGUUUUGUAAUGGAAAAGUACCUUUGCUGUGGAACACAAGUGGAUCUUUGAUCAUUUGCAAACUCAGGAUGAAGUCCAAAACUGAAAGACAACUGUACAGAUACUAACAACUGAGCAUGCUUAAAUUUUUGGAUCAGUCAAGGAUAAGGAAAAAGUAGGAAGCAGAUUUCUAAAAUAUAUACUGAUGGUGCACAUAUUUUUUAUAUUCUUCUGGCAAUAUUACAAGUUCUCAAGUCUCCACAAUAGGUGAACACCAACACACAAUUAUUUUGGGAACUUAACUGGUUCUUCUGUUGUUAUAAUGGUAUUCUAAAAUAAAUGGCACAUUAAAGACAGGUAUUGCAGAAUAUAGGUUUGCAGAUAUAAACCAUAAAACUGUUCUUCAAUGUAUGCACAUACGAACUGAUGCAAAGUACAAACACUAUUGGGCUAAAUAGGCACUAAUUUGAGGGGUUAAUAUAAGUAGAAGUAGUUUUUUGUACUGUUGACUAACAGUUAUGUUCUAUUUUAUAUCCUGUGGGCAUAUUGGAGAGCCUAUAAGCUUAAAAUUGAUCAGACAGUUGAAUCCAAAGGUCACCAACCAUAUGAUACUAAUUAUAUAUUAAGCAAGACAUGUACAUAUUUGUUAAUACAGCUCAUAAAGUCUGUACAUAAAUGUAAUGCAUUUAUAAACAGUUUUAAUAUUAAUACCAGCUUUCAACCUUCUACAGUUGUGACAAAUUCAUGUUCAUUCCAAGUAAAUGCUCUAUUUUCUUUUUACAGUUAUUGUAUAUAAAUAAGUGCAAUAUGAGGUUGUAUACAGUUUCUGUAACAUUAUGCACUGUUUUUAAAUGAAUACAUCAUUUUUGCCAAAGUGAUGGAGUAUAUAAGUGGUGAUAAACUACUGUGGUAAAUGGUGAUGUAAUUUAAAGCUUUUGCUAUAUUGUUUUAAGACAUGAAUUAGUAAUUUUAUAUUUGAGAAAGAUAAAGAGUUUUAAUUUUAUUUAACUGGAAUCACUGUCCUGCUGUAAUUAAACAUUAUGUACUACAUCUAUAUUAAAAAAAAAAUAAUUUAUGUGGAGUGUGAU